UUUUUCCCCCUCCCUUCUUCCUUUUAUUAUUAUUAUUUUUUUAAUUCUGCAAAUGAUUUUGACCCAGCUUGCUUCCUCUUGGAAUUUUUUUAAAAAAUUUAUAUAAAUAAGGGGGCCUGUCUGCGUUCUCGUUCUCUCUCUCUUUUUUUUCCCCCACGGCGAGUCUCUCUGCCUUCUGCUUCAGAUCUGCAUUUUCAACCAUCAGCCAGCCAGAAGGGGGGGUUUAUUUCAAUUUCAUCACAAAACACAAGGGGGAAAACACACACAGAGAGAGAGAGAUUCGCGAAUAAGAGCAAUUAAGGAAGAUGAGUGAAAGCAGUGGAAAAUCAAGUCAACCCUUGGCUUCCAAGCAAGACAAGGAUGUCUCUGAGAAGAGAGGACGAGGGCGGCCCAGGAAGCAGCCUCAGCAAGAACCCAGUGAAGCACCACCCCCACCCAAGAGACCACGUGGCAGGCCGAAGGGGAGUAAAAACAAGGCCACCUCAAAGGGAAGGAAAGCUGCUGUAACAACCCCUGGGAGGAAACCCCGAGGCCGACCCAAAAAAACAGAGAAGGAUGAAGAAGAAGUCAACAUUUCCCAGGAGUCAUCUGAAGAGGAGCAGUGAAACUAACCAACUGGUUCUACCUCACAGUUCAGUUUCGAUUUCUUGUCAAGUUCUGGGACUGAGGAAGGAACAAAAAAUCCUCACCCUUUUCUGAACUCCCCUCCCCACCUCCCCAAUGUACUCACAGUUAGAACAGCAAGCUGGAGUACAGUGUGAAACUGAUCAGCCAUCACAAUUGAUGUGUAACGUUAAUGGGAGAACCAUGUAUUUUGUUUUUUCUUUCUUUCGACAGGGUUAAAUUUUUAGCCUACCAGUUCAUAUAGUUCUGUUAUAUCUGUUUUUUUUUCACCUGUCUCUUCAGUAUACUCCUUGUAGAGAAAGGAGUAUAUAAAUCUUUAUAAUAACCACAUAUUCAUGUUGAAAAGAGUGGGCAACCUAGUUUUUCUUGGUCAGUCCAUAUCUCCCUUUUAGAGAGACCAUAACACUCUGCAAAAAGGAUAUUUUGGCAUUGGCAGAAGGCUGUGCCAUAGAGGAGAAUUGGGAACAUUUAUUUUUGGGAAGGAAGUGAAUAUAGUGGGGAAAGGCAGAACAAUGAAAAAAACAAGGCAGGCAGUAUAUUUUUCCUGUCAUAAACCAUUCACCUGGGUCUUGUUACUAAAGGAUUCUUCACUCCAUUUCUUCUGGUUCAAGAAUGACAAAUGAUCCUUUCAGUAGGCCCGUGCAUUUCUGUUGACAGUAUAUGAAGCCACAACCUGACCAGAUGCUUUGGAGUCAAGAUUGCUCUAGGCAAGACUGAUGGGAUUGGUGUUGGUCUCUCAUCUGCCCCCGGGAGUGCUUUUUCCACUGACCACGUUAACAGUUUCUCCCAUCCUCUUCCAUUGUAUUCGCAAUUGCCACUGCCUAGGUAGAAAGGACUUGCCAUGUCGGGACCUACAGUGAAAAGUUCUUUCCCAUGGUGCUCUCAGUCAUUCUGCACAGAAAGGGUUACUGGAUCUUUUUUUUAAAAAGUGAGACAAGACUUUACCAAGACCCCACAAAGCAGGAUGGCACCCCCAAUUUCAUGGGUCUCUUUGGGCUUGGUGAUUUUCGGCAUUGGAAAUAGCACAGUUUGUGUUCUAGCUACAGUUGUCUUUUCAAAACAUGUUGUCUUUCAAGGUUUUUCUUUUUCCUUCAUCCACAACUACCUCUGGAUAAUUUAAGUUUCAUUCUCUUAAACAUGGAGUUGCUGCUGUUUGGAACUUGCUGCUGCUUCCGAUGCUGCUGUACCGGUUACUAUGUUUUUAUUAUUGCAACAGGUUCUGUCUGGUUUCUUUCUCUGGAACUGAUGUUUUACACUAUAGAUAUCUUUAGUUUGAGUUGACUUUUAAGACUAUUGUGCUAUUUUUUUAAAAAAAGGGAUAAAGUUUUCUUUUGUCAGACUGAAGAGUGACUGAGAAGGGGGAGGUUCUCCAAAGAGUGGCAUUUUCACAAGUCACCUCUUGGCGCAGGCAGAGUUAUGUAUUCGUACCAUGGUAACAACACAUUGUGAUGUACAGUGAUCACAAAUAGCAUCUGAAAGUAUAGUCAUACUUUCCUUUCGGCCAUUGUGCAUUAGAGAAAUGUACCUCUUUUUAAAAAAAGAGUAGCAACAAAUAUGAAGAGGUGGCACUGGUUAUUUCUUAACAAAGCCCAUAUGUUUAUCAAGCACUUCAAGGUGGAGGAGCUGUCAUGUAUUGAUCUAAUAUUGGUGGCUGUGUCAGUUUCCUAUGCUGCUUGCUUCAAGUUCAAUUUGAGAGAUCAGUAAGAUUACUGAUUUCCAGUCAUUAUUUGGCACAACCUUCCUUUACAGCAGCUAGGACCUCACAUGGUUCACUUUCUGUCUUACAUACAUAUCCUUUUUGCUUUAGCACUUUGGUUCCUCAGACAAGCUGCUGAUGUGAUGUAGCCCAAGAUCCAACACCAUCCUGUCAUGGAUCUUUAUAUCCAAUAAUAACCUUUUUCUUAAAGCCAGCAGAAGAUGGACAACCACCUUCUUGAAGUGCUGUAUAAUUCCAAAAAUUGCUAGAGAGAGGGUCUUUGAUCUGACAAGACCAAGGAGUGGCUCUGCCUCUAUUUUGCGCAAGUACCCCUCUUAAAAAUGCAACAGUGGCCCUCUGUUGUUGAGACUGACAUUGGUCAAGAUCAGGAGAGCAUGAUUUGCACAAUGCCUGAACAAAUCACUUCUUCAGUAUACAGGUUGAGGAUUAAUGCUAUGGUUGAACAUUACGUCAACAUGAAGUUGAAGGGGCAGGGGACUAACUUCACUGUUUGCCAUUCAGGAGCUAUCUGUCCUUAAUUUUUACGAUUUUGCAGUUGUUAUAUCAGGGAAGUAGCAAGAAAGGGACAGUCUGUAUGUCUGCCUCUAUAACUGUUAAAAGAGCUGGAUGGUCCUUUCCCCAUCCUGCUUCAUCUUUUGAGCCAGUUGAUGCCAUGGGUAUAAAAGCAGUUUGUCAGUUUUGUAUUGAUGACAGUAUUGCAGAUGCUUCUAAAGCAAUUCUACAAAACCAGGCAGGAAAAACAAUAGGGUAGUAAAUGGUUUGUAGGUUAUGUGAAUCUCUGAUUCUUGCUAAAGAUUUCUUAACCUCCUAUUUGCAAUUUACUUGAAUAAAACACUUAAUUGAUGUUUCA